AUGUCUUUCACUGAGCAGCAGUGUAAACAGCCAUGCCUGCCUCCUCCUUGUCUUCAAAAAACUCAAGAGAAGUGUACAGUGCAAGUUCCAGAGCCAUGUCCACCAUCAUGCCAAGAAAAAUACCCAGUGCAAGCCCAGGAACCAUGUCUUCCUAAAAUCCAGGAGCCAUGCCAAGAAAUAAGUCCACAGCAGUGCCAAGAGUCAAGUCUCUCUCAAUGCCAAGACCCAUGUGCACCACCUUGCCAAGACCAAGUCCUGGAGCCACAAUGCCAAGAGCUAGCUCAGACCAAGUGUACGGAAUCAGUUCCUCAAAAAUGCCAAGAGAAAUGUCCACUCCCUAGCCUGGGUAAAUAG